GAACAUUACAAUUCCACUGAUAACACAAUAUUACAUGUUAUUGCGGCUUGAAAAAAAAAAAGAAAGAAAUUAACUUGCAAUUCGGUUUGCAAACUAAAGUUGUUUUUACUUUUUAAUAUUAAUCAAAUUCACCGCCGGAUUGAAAGAUGUUACCGAAGAAUUCGCUAUGGAGAUUUUUGGCCACCAGAGGACACUUGGUGAGAAACCUAAACAGCCUUAACAAAACGACCAUCUUGGCUGGUCGUGGUUACUCGAAGAAGUCCGAGUCUGAUUUCGACGUAGAACUGAACAAACCCGUCAAGUACACAGCCAGUGCUGCGUACCAAUGGAAAGCUGAGAAUUCUCGGGUCGGCAGCAAGGCGGAAUUCGGUCCGUGGUACGAAGCACAUCUGGUGAGCGCCAGCGUAGCAGUGUUCUUAAUUUAUUUUUGCGUACUGCGAGAAGAAAACGAUAUCGACCAGUUUUUGGAACGACCGUUAGCAGAAAUGGGAAUAAAAAAAGACUAGAUCUCUAAUCUAAUCUAGGUAAUUAAGAUUCAGUUUGGAUUGUCUUAGCUAUGUUUUAAUGUGUUUGUAAUAAACGUGUAUAUAUUAUAUUUUAAUUUUUGUUCAUUUACAAAAAAUACUAAGUUUGAUAA